AUGUCCACGGACAUUUCAUGGGCGGACAGCCCAUGGCGCAAUCCCGCCAUCGUUUUCGAGGAGCUACCAGAGUCGCUCAUCCUCGAAGACCUAAAACGAUCAUGGAACUUCCAGAGAGAGGCACAAUUCCGCUGGAUGCAAAAGGUGAUUUGGACCUCGGUUGACCGCUUUCGUGUAGUCCUUCGAGACGUCGAAGGCACGGUAGGCGACAUAGCAAAAGAGCUGUGUAACAAGCCUACGGCAUUCUAUUGGCUUCAGUCUGCGCAGACUGGUGCUCCCCACGCCCCCGAAAAGUCCUGCAUGUCCGGUGGUGUCUUCGCAGCUAUAUAUGAAGAAUGGCGUCGAAGCUCUGUCAAACUCAAUAUCGAGUUUGGGCAUUUCUUCGCGGCGCCCGUUAGGGUUGCGGCGACGGGUCCGGACAGCCUACCAGAUAUCUUGAAGGCACAUUCAUCGCUUUUUGAACAAGCACAGCGUGUCUCGUUGGAUAUGGAGAACUACUCCGUGCACCCGCUUCUUCCUGCUGUUAUCCUCGUAUGCGACCGCCGUGACUCAACCGCUAGACGCGGACCAGAUGGCUUCGUCAGUCUGCGCGAAGUAGCGAGCACGCAGACUGUGCUGGUUAUUCUCACUGGAGAACAUCGUACCAGCACCGGUAUCCACAUUUCUCUAGAUCCUCUCAAACCCUUCGCUCUGCCCAUCGAAAGACCCGAUGCCGCUGGCCUUGAUAUCCUGCGCGUGCCUCUUGAUAUCGCCGUGAAUUUCAUCACCGAGUUGGAGGCCAGGAUUGAUGAGCAAAAGGAAACCAUCAGUGCAACUUUAGACAAGAGUCUCUGUCUGCACCAAACACCCGCCGGAUACAGUGGCGAUAUCAGGUUUUACCCCAAUGUAUGGGCUCGCAUAAUGCGGGCAGAGGCGUUGAAGAAUGGGUUUCGGGAGUUGGCGGAUACAAAAGAUGCUGGCGUUCGCGUUCAUGCUCAGCUUUCUGGACAAGAGUCGGGAUGUGAACUUGAACAUGUGCCGUUUAGUCAGACGUGGAAGCCGUGA